AUGGCAGAGAAUGCAGAACUUUCGAAUCUGGAAUUUGAGAUUUGUCAUUCUCAGUUUCUAAACGGUCUUGCCCCACGACCUGUGGCUGAAGCUGCCGAGUUGAUUCGAACAGGAAAAAUCACUUUGUCUGAAGCGAUGGAUCGAUUCCCGGCCCCUGGAUGUUCGACAAUUGAUCGUACUACCGAUUCAAAUGAUGGAAAUUCAAUGCAUCCGAAAAGAGGGAUGUUCAAUUUGAACGGAUUGCUUGAGAAAAAGGAAAGAAUAUUGGAAGAACAGGCACAACAAAAUGAUUCUCACCAGUUGGCUCCAUUGAAUAUGGAUACAAGCUUUGCACAGCGGAAUCCUAAAUUUUCAUCCUCUGUGUCAAAUCCACCAUCAUCUGCUUCAACGUCUUCUUCUGCUCACACCUCUUGGAUUCUUGAAGCUCCACUUGCACAUAUGCUGGCUCCAUUCAAUGAUAAACUCACCGAUGAGCAGGUUGAACAAAUCACGGCACCACUCAUUUGUUUAUUGGAAGAGGACUUGAAGAAACCAGUAAAAUCAAAGGAGUGGAUGAGUAAAGUGAAGAAUUUGAGUGAUUUGAUUGCCAACAAUCAAGGACUCACAUCAAUCAGAGAAAGAGAUAAUUAUAUCCGAUACCUAUUCAAAAAGAAUGAAGUCCCAGAAACUUUUAUUUCAUCUUUCAUGAAGGAAAAGUCCGAUGCGUUCAUGCUCAAGUCACCAUCCCGAUUACCAGGACCUCUUUUGAAUCAUCCAACUCGUCCACCACUUCCACCACCAUACUCCCCGGCUCCUUCCAUUCCUCUUGUUUCCUCAAGUAGUCCAUAUUCUGCUGCAUCGAUUCCCGGAUUGGAGGUGGUAGCAUCUUGGAGCGAUGAAGAAAGAGUUCGAUUUCUCGUAAAUGAACUCUUCAAAUUGAGGAAAUCAUGUCUGGAUCAAGACAUGAAAAUGAAGGCUGUCUUCGCCUCGCUUCUGAUUUGCAGUCACUACUGCCACAAUCUCACUUUGGAAUCAAAAACCGACUACAUCAAUUCGCUACUUCUCAAAAUGGGAUUCAGUGCAAACCAAAUCGCGGAUAUUUUGGAAUCGGGGAAAGAAGUCAUCAUAGCAUCCUUAAAACAGGAUUCUGCUGCUUCUAAUUCUUCUCUUGCAUCUAAUUCGUCUCAAAUGACUUGCCCGCCACUUGAAAGUAUUCUGGAUAAGCAUCUAAAAACAAUGCCGGAUGCAGCCACGACAGGAAACUCUGCAACUGUUCAGUCACCCGUUGCUCCACCACUUGCCCCAGUUCCAUCAAAUGUUUCUCCCAAUCCUAUGCCGAAUCAACCAAGCGGAGAACAAGUACGAUUCGCCAAAUUGCUUCAAUCCGCUGAAGCAACAAAACUGAGAUCAAUGAUAAAGAGUUCAAGUAGCAGUGAAAUGAAAGAUGUGUGUUGCACAGUAUUCUUUCUAGCGUCGAAGCUUGAGAAAAACAUGGAUUUCGAGAAAAAAUCAACAUGCGUCAUUAAAAUUUUGCUUCAUCUUGGAUACAGUGUUGAUGCCGCAAAGAAUAUAGCAGAACGAGGAAAGGAAUUGCUUCGUGGGACAGCAAGAGAAAAGCGCUUCGUGAAUUCUCCCCUCCUCGGACCAUCCACAUCUCAACCCGCUCCCGGCCAAACUGUCUAUAACCAACAAUUCCCACAAUUGCUCUUACAAAUGGGUUCCAGUACUCCUCAAUUCAUGCAAGGUGUUCAAAACCUGCCUUGUCGAAACUCUGUAAUCACUCAGGUUCCAAAUCCAUAUUCUUCUGUUCCCUCAACCUCUCAAGUUGCACCACCACCAAUAGGAAAUGAAAUUCUUCGGACUUUCAUGAGCGGUCAAAGAAACCUCUUCCCACAGAUACCGUUUUUUCAAGGAUGGCUAAAUCCUCUGGCGUUGCCCAUUCUUGGAUUCCCGACCACUCAAAGAUCAGUGACUCUCCCGACAAUUCCUGAUGUGCCAGAAACUCCUGAAGCAACUACGGAAAAAACGAAGAAUAAAAGAAACAGAACGACUGCAAAACCUAAAAUGAUUGGUCCAAAAAAGAAAGCGGGAAGGCCGAAAAAAUCGAAACGUGGUGAAAAGGACAAUGCAACACCAGAAGAACAUGGCGACGAAGUUCAACAAGAAGUAUCUUCUGCUCUAGAAGCUGAAGCAAUCAGCAGGGCAUUUCUUCUCGCAACUUAUCAGAGUGCACAGUCCACCGCCGUCGUCCCUUCUCCUAACGAGGGAUCCACAGACUACAUGAAGGUCGCAAAUAACACAGCUGAGCCGAUGGAUACGGAUCAGGGCACUGCAAAUAAAUCUAGUUUGAAAACUGAUGUCGUCGUACCCGAACAAGAGGAGCGGAGUACUAUGAACCAUGCUGAUAUCGAAGCUGUCAAGAAACCAAUGAGUCUUUUGAAAACUACUCAGAACUUGGAAACAUUUCUCAAUGCUUCAGACGUCGCAGUCUCAAUAGACAUAGAGGAUGCAGAGAAAACUGAAAUCAAAGAAAUGAUUUCACACUCUGAUUCUGAGUCUUUGAAAUCGAGACAAUGUCAAGAGCCUCUCAAGUCAGUGAUUCCAAACAUCACUAUCACGAAAUCACAUAUUGAUUCUUCUGUUGAAAGUUCGGCAGAGAAAGUUUUGAAACAAAAUGCAGCAAGGCCAGCGUCUGCGUCUUUGGAAAGACAAAUUGUACCUAUUGGAGUUAAUGUUUCGUCAAAGAGACCAUUGAAGCGGAAAGCUCGAUCAGCUUCCGAGCCACCAAUGAAGGUAGCAAAACAAAGACAACCGGAAAAGAAGGCAAAUCCAGUUAUUAUGGGAUCUAUACAGUCGGAAGGCAAUCAAAAGAACCAAGUUCGAGGAAUGCGUGAAAAAACACAACAUGCGAAGUCUGACAAUGAACAACAAUCUAACAGUUCAAUGGGAUUAGAUGUGUCAUCAUGCACUAUGGAUGCAGAUGCUCUAGAAUUUGAACUUGGUUUGGUAACCAAUUCAAUGAAACCCGCAUUCGAAGAAGAGGAUGGAUGUUGUUUGAAGAAACCUGAAAAUGCAUCCCCAACUUCUGAUUAUAUGGAUACUUUGGUUGUAACGGCACAGAAGAAUUUGGUAAAGAAACAAACUGAUUCAAGCGGGUAUGCAGAGACAUCGAUUAGAACAGUUGAAGAUCCAUCCCCACUGUUAACAGUUGAGAAAACUGUUCCUGUUCUUUCUAAGUCUCUCCUAAAUUCACCUGAACAAAUCACCGGUUCAUCAAGCCAAUCUUCCCGAAGGCUCACUGAUUAUCCUCAGGUUAUUGGAGUGGAUUACAUGGCCCGAUCAUCACGAGCGAUAAAUGAAGAAUCAGACACUUCAAUGCCUCAUCCGAUCAAACAGUUCCCGUCUGUAACAUCUUGCAUUGAUUCAGAAUCAGCUGAUAUGGUGAAGAAGGAUGCUGAAAUUUCGAUUGACUCUGUCAAGUCUAAAAAGAGUGUUACUCGAGAACGUACAACUGGGAAAACAGCUGCCACGGAACUUCGUGUCGAUGAACUUUCAACUCAAGAUACUGCAAUUUUUAAUCAAAGAUCAUUAAAUCCUGCCACAGUGUCCGGUCCAAUGUUGCGAGAACUUUUGCUCCGAGACACUAUUGUUCCCCAGAUCGCACUCUCCACAUUAUUGGUCCUAGAACCGAUGGUCUCGAAAGAAUUGGUACAGAAGUCGACACCAAUUAUUUCAUCUGUACCGCCGAGUCGUCCGCCUCAAAUUGAAACGGCGAGUCUACUGACCCAACUGUUCGAGGCCAAAAAGCGGAGUAGGAUGGCACCUAAAUUAAUUCAAACAGAAUCAGAAGACUUCAUGGUUCAGAGCAGAACCUCAGAUGUUCCGACUGAUCAUAAACUAUCCAUGCCAAGUGCAACUGCAGAAGCAAAGAUCAGAAUGAGUUCGAUGAAUAUGCCAGCCAACAGUUCCAACACAAUUCAAACUGCCAGCCAAAAAACUGCUACCAUUGAUUCGACACUAACCAUUAAUAAGCAAAAUGGCCACAGAAAAACAUCAAAAAUGGUUCACUUUAAAUCGAAAAUGAAGGAAACAGUGAAGUCCGCUCCGGUUAAAGCAAUUCCCAACAACUGCACAAUUUCUAAACCUUUGAUGAUGCCAGAUCCGCACAGCAAAGCCAUCCGAAACCUUCAAGAACAAACGACAAACGAAUUUGAUUACUCAUCAAUUUUGAAUCAAAACUACAUCGUCAGCUCCCAACUAUCUCGGGAGAUCUCAUCUACAAUACCCACAGCUCAAAACGAUUUCAUUCAAGAGCCUUCUAUCAGAAACGUCAAUGCUCACAUUCGAACUACGAAGGCUGUUGUACCAGAGAUGAUGUCAAUGGUCACAGGAAACACUGCCGCGAAACCCACUGAAACCGUUCAAGCAAGAUCAGCCCCAAUUGACGCCUUUCCGUUCCCAACCCUGUUAUCAAAGAAUUGUAAGAUACCUCUGGAUAUGUCGAAUCACACUGCAAUCCCAAUGUCCAUCCCUACCAACACAGUGAAAAGUAUAACGACUCAUGAUCCAAUUACUUCAAAAUUCCCAAAAACAAUGUUUUCAGCGUCUUCAAACUCCCAGGCGGCAGUAGAUGAUUUAUCAGCUGACUCUUUGUUGCCACAAAGUAUGAAUGAUCAGAGCACUACUAAAACAGCAAGUUUGGUCAAGCCCACCGCUUCAGGAUCAUUGCCUCACGGAAUCCACAUUCCACAACCACCAGUGAAUCCACCAGACACACUUGUUCCGAAGGAACCAGAAUAUUUAACUGAUGAACGUUCGUUAAAUCACCUACUGCAUCUAGCAUCCAUAUGGUUGAAGCAUGAUCCAGAAGGCACCCUGCAAGUUCCAAGCUUGUCAGAUUUGCUACAAGUACCGUUUAUUGAAACUCCCGGAUCCACGAUCUCAUUCGCACAACCAAUUUUGCAAACAGCUCCAGCACCAAUCACAUUUUCUGACAUUGCUCCUUCGAAUAAAGACGACGGACAACGAUUCCAGGUCUCUGCCAUUGAGAAAGUGGACAGUAUGCCCCUAAUUCAAAAACCUGGACCACGCAACUCCCAUGCGACUGCAAUUGAAGCCAGUGCGAAUGAGGUAAUGCCGAUGUUGGAGGAACAGGUACCACCGAAAACUCCAGAGUACUGUAUAAACAGAUCAGUGUUGAAGAGAAAUAAAGAUCAGGCAGAUGAGAUCAUGAAUGUGAUAAUGAUUCAGGCGAAAAUUAAAAAUAGAAAACGACAAGUUGCUCAAGUUGACAGCAGUAUUCAACAACCUGAUCCAAAGAGAGCACGCGAACAAAUCGGUUUCAAACCCGCCUCCUUAUGUCCCCGUCACCCACAUUUGAAUGGAGAAAAGGUGCUGUCUCGUCUUCUGCCGUCUGUUCCGAAUCCUGUUUCAUAUGGAGAAUAUCCAACAAUGGACAUUGAAUGGCACAUAACAUAUACUCGAUGGAGUCGCGGAUUUGGAGAAAUCAGCAGAGUAUCUAUUGGAUGUCGUCAUUUAUAUCAUUCGGAGUGGAUUGAUGCCUCCAGAUGUCAAGAAAAAGCGGUUCCCUGUUUUACGAGAGAUCGAGAAUUCAAAGAUAUUCUUCGGCAGGUCUUGGAGAUAUCGAAAACAGAAAUGCAAGCUGAGCAAUCCUUGCUCAACAUCUUAAACCAGUUUCCACUUAUGAGAGACUAUCCGCAGUUUGCACCGUUCAUCUCGGCUCAUAUUCAAACUGCUACAAAGGUGAUGCCAAUGACCAACUAUGAAGCGAAAGCGCCAUCGAAUUUCAUCAUUCAGGCUCUCAACUAUUUGUCCGACUUACACGAAAAAGGUGUCAAUAUCACUGCCGAAGAAGUCAUCGCUUUCAUUGUCUACAAUCUUCAUGAUUCCUUCGCUUGCUGCUAUGCAGUCUCAAGUUUCAAAACGAUUCAGAAGGUUUUGAAGAAACACGUAAAUGCACAAGAAAUCCACGAUGAAAUCAUGCUCGAUUGA